AUGAGGGCAACAGCCGUACUACUAGGAGCCUCUAAGCGAGUACUGACCCCCAAAGAUGGAAACAAGAACUUUUACAAGGGCACGGGAAGUGGUCGUAUGGGUCAUUUUGUGAAAGGAGGAAAAUACGUAAUUGAUGAAUGGAGGCUACGAACAUUCGUCGUGCCAGAGAAUUUAGGCAACUUUAAACUCAGACCAUACAUAUCCCCCUCCACACCCAAAAAGACAACAAUCGACACAUGGACAGACACACACUCUGUCCUCGCAUACUUAACCCCAUCCUCAAUCCCACAAUCCAUCCUCGCCGCUAUCCCAAACCAGGACGAAUUCGUCGCACGGUGUCGAGCAAUCGCCACACGAGAUUUAGAAUUGAUGAGAGCGAGGGUUAGUGAUCCGACGAGGGGGAUGAAGAAGUGGUAUUUUGGACCGAGGGGGAAGAGGUUGCCGCAGUGGUGGCAUGCGUGGAAUCCGGAUCCGAAUGAGGCCAAGAAGGAUAGGGAGACCGAGGAGUAA